UAAAAAAACGGAAAUAAAAACCGAUGAAAAGACCAGCAUACUGAAGGUCGGAUUGAUCGCAUUUCCCUGUGGAUAUUUUGUGUCAGAUUACCUCCGAUAUAGGGAUUAAAAUCAUCAGGACAACAGGUCGAGUAAAUUGAAGUUAAGUUUGUUCAACAUUCUGACUGAUAAUGGGACUGUUUGGGAAGGCUGAGCCUGCAUGUUAGAGACGAGUGUUUCAGAUAGACAGACAGACGUACUGUAGAUAGAGCUAUCAACGAUGGUGGUCCCUGGCUCUCACCACAAGCUGUAUCAUCCUCCGGAGGGUCUGCAGAAGGAUGCUCAUGUGCCUGACUUCAACCGUUAUCUGGAACUUUACAAGAAGUCUAUUGAGGAGCCGGACGUAUUCUGGAAAGAGGUCGCUAGUGAUUUCUAUUGGAAGAAACCUCCUACGGGUCAGAUUCUGCAGUAUAACUUUGAUGUGACCAAAGGGAACAUCUAUGUGAAGUGCAUGGAGGGAGCCACAACUAACAUGUGCUACAACGUCCUGGACAGGAACGUGAAGGACAAGAACCUUGGUGAACGAGUGGCAUUCUACUGGGAAGGGAACUCACCUGAUCACCACGAGGCCAUCACCUACAGUCAGCUGCUUGGACAGGUGUGCAGGUGUUCCAACACUCUGAAGCAGAUGGGAGUGAGGAAGGGAGACAGGGUGGCCAUCUACCUCCCUAUGAUUCCAGAGCUGGUGUACACCAUGCUGGCCUGCACCAGGAUAGGAGCAGUCCACUCCAUCGUGUUUGCAGGUUUCUCCGCUGAGUCUCUGUGUGAGAGGAUCAUGGAUUCCCAGUGUAGUAUCCUGGUGACUGCAGAUGGUGUGUACAGAGGGGAGAAGUUGAUCAACCUGAAACAGAUAGCAGACGAGGCUCUGGAGAAAUGUAGGGAGAAAGCAUCCGCCACUGUUACAAGGUGUUUAGUAGUGAAACAUCAUGCACUGAGGACACAAGAUGGAGAUGUUUCCAACAAAUUGCAGACUCCCUGGGAUGCUGCGUGUGAUGUGUGUUGGGAGGAGGUGAUGGGACAGGUCUCAGAGCAGUGUGAACCUGAGUGGCUGGAUGCAGAGGAUCCUCUCUUUAUACUUUAUACCAGCGGAUCUACUGGCAAACCAAAGGGUGUCCUCCACACGGUAGCAGGCUACCUGCUCUACACCUCUCUGACCUUUAAGUGUGUGUUUGACCACCAGCCAGACGAUGUGUACUGGUGUACCGCUGAUAUAGGAUGGAUCACCGGACACUCCUACAUCACCUAUGGACCCCUGGCCAACGGGGCUACCAGCGUACUGUUUGAGGGUAUUCCAGUCCACCCUCACGUUGGGCGUUUCUGGGAGGUGAUUGAGAAGUACAGAGUGACCAAGUUCUACACAGCUCCCACAGCCAUACGCCUCCUGAUGAAGUACGGAUUAGAUCCAGUACAGAAGUACGACCUGUCAUCGCUGAGGAUUCUGGGUACUGUAGGUGAGCCCAUCAACCCGGAGGCGUGGCAUUGGUACCACGAGGUGAUUGGUCAGAAGAGAUGCCCUGUGGUUGACACCUUUUGGCAGACCGAGACGGGUGGCCAUGUUUUAACUCCUUUACCUGCCGCUACACCUCUGAAACCUGGAUCAGCUACGUUUCCUUUCUUUGGCGUGGAGCCCACCAUACUGAACGAGCAUGGAGAGGAACUGGAGGGAGAGGCAGAGGGCUAUCUGGUGUUCCGUCGGCCCUGGCCUGGUAUCAUGCGCACCCUGUACGGAAACCAGGAGCGAUUUGAGAGCACGUACUUCAAGAAGUUCCCAGGUUUCUACGUGACCGGGGAUGGCUGCAGGAGGGAUAAAGAUGGAUACUACUGGAUCGCAGGCAGGAUAGAUGACAUGAUCAACGUGUCAGGUCACCUGUUGAGUACAGCGGAGGUAGAGUCCGCUCUAACAGACCACGGAGCAGUGGCCGAGGCUGCAGUGGUCAGCAGACCCCACGCGGUCAAGGGGGAGUGUCUCUACUGUUUCGUUACUCUGAAGGACUGCAGAGAGUUCAACCGCACUCUGGUGGACGAACUCAAGAGACAAGUGAGAGAGAAGAUUGGUCCGAUCGCAACCCCAGACUUCAUCCAGAACGCUCCUGGACUUCCUAAAACACGAUCUGGUAAGAUCAUGAGGCGGGUCCUGAGGCAGAUCGCCCGGAACGAGAAGGAUCUAGGUGACCUUUCAACUAUGGCUGACCCCAAGGUCGUAGAGGUCCUGUUCAACCACCGCUGUGAAACGGCCUCUUGAGGGGGCUGCAUGUCAACACUACAGUAGCUUCCUCUCCUCGACACCUCAUCUCCUCUCCUCGUCUCCUCAUUUCCUCUCCAUCAUCAACACCGAUCUGAAAACUAUGAAAGCUCAUUCUUGCCACCAACUCUUUAAAAAAAAGAUUUUUUUAAAUAAUAGAACAUACAGGAUAUAUUUCUUAAUUUGUAGCAGUAUGUAUCUAUCCACGUUGCAGAGUUCAGCACAGCAGGGUGGCCGGCAGAUGUGUGGCGAGCUGGCAUUUACCCCAACACUUUUUCAAUUCAGUUUAAUAAAAAAUAUUGACACAAAAGCAUUGAAGAUUACUGUUGUUUAGAAUGAUUUGCCUUUAUGAUUUGUCAACUCGUGCUUCAGUCUGAUCAACGGUAGUCUACUGAUAACACCUACAGGUGGCCUAGAGAAACCUAUGCACUCUGGUCUCUUCUGGCCAGGUGAAACGAAGCGGUAAUGUGGUGUUUUUAUAGCCAAAGCUUUGUAUUUAUAGCCUAAAAUAGGCCUAUUUUAUUUGUGUUAAGAGAAAAUGUGACUGAUCAAAUUUGAUUUUUACAUUUUCCGACUUCGGGUGGCUAGUCUUCCCAGACCGUAUCAAUCCAAAAUGAUUGACUGAAAUCAAUCGAUGAACACAAUAGUGAUGACAUAGUGUAUGAGUCACUUUUCAAUUACAGAUGUUAAAAGGCCUACACUGUGUAACCGCGCAUACAGUCAGCCCUGUCGGUUCUAUUGGCCAAUCACAGUUGUUGAUUACUAGGAAAAACCCUCCUGUGGUGCCACCUCUGAAAAUCACCCCCACAGAGAGACGGAUGAAGAAGCAUGCUCUAUAAUCUCAACCAUUAUUAUUUUUUUGCAUCUCAUCAUAAAAAUAAAUGUGGUUGGCGGGAAUGGGCUUUCUGCAGAAAACACAGGUUAUAUAAUAUACAACAGGAAACAUGGUGGAGGGGUAUUUUCUUUCUUAUCAUUCUGUCACUAAUUCAGCGUCAUUCUAGGAAGAUUGAGGUGAGGAAGCUACGUUAGACACCCAGAGAGUCCCCCUUCCAGUCCCUUCUGAUGGUGCAGAUUUAAGUCACAGUCCCUAAGCGAUGAUCCUGAAUCAGUCUUAAAUUAUUGUUGUAUGGUCUGUUUGGAGGAUGGGGAUUAUUAGUGGUUGGAGGACAGAUCCUAGAUCAGAUCUUAUGGGAACGACUGACUUCGAUGUUGUCUAUGUAAGGGAAUUACAGUCAAUUCAAAUGCCAAUCCCAAGGGCUCAAACCAAUGAACUCAGUUUAUUUCAACACUUCUAUACCCGGUCAAAAAGGACACGAAACGAUCCCUUUUCCAAAUGAAUAUUUAUGCCACAGUGUUGUCAUUUGCAUGUAAUAAUGGGUGAGCCAAUGUUGAGGUAAACUGGACACGGAAUCAGAACUGUCCCUUGUUGCCUGGCAACCGAACCUCUUGAACAUUCAGUGUUCUGAUUGAUCAGCUUCUGUCUUCCAUCUUGUUUUUUACAUGCUCCUCAGAUUAUUAUAUUAUUGUUCUGUAAAGUCUAAAUGAUGGAAAGCUAGUUUCACCUUUUUUUUUAAAGCUAUGAUAAUUAUUCCCAGGUAGACCAGUCCGCUCUGCACAGUUCUUCCACAACAUGAUAAUUAUUCCCAGGUAGACCAGUCAGCUCUGCACAGUUCUUCCACAACAUGAUAAUUAUUCCCAGGGAGACCAGUCCGCUCUGCACAGUUCUUCCACAACAUGAUAAUUAUUCCCAGGGAGACCAGUCCGCUCUGCACAGUUCUUCCACAACAUGAUAAUUAUUCCCAGGGAGACCAGUCAGCUCUCCACAGUUCUUCCACCACAUGAUAAUUAUUCCCAGGGAGACCAGUCAGCUCUCCACAGUUCUUCCACAACAUGAUAAUUAUUCCCAGGGAGACCAGUCAGCUCUCCACAGUUCUUCCACAACAUGGCUUGUAUUUGUUUGGAUGUCUUUGUAUAUUUUAACUUUGAGAUUUUAUGAUUUGAGAAUAAAACUGUUUAAUUUA